CACGACACAUUUGUUGUACAGAAUAAUCAUAUCCCUUUGAAUGUCACGGCACUGUCUCACCAAUCCACUACCACCAUCUGGCUGCACUCACCACAGCCGGGCCAAUCGAGCGAUUCACCGCGACAGCUGUUUGUGUCAUCGCAAAGAGCCUCGCAGCGAUCCGAGGGACCACCACGACCCAUCCGAUCGAAAGAUCAGCCGAUGCGCUCACCACGGUCACAAAGGCGAGCCUCCAUGCACAGCAUAGACAGCCAGACAUACACCGACAUUGGCCACCACACCCCGCAACGCAACCGCCCAACACAACAGCACCAGCACCAGCACCAGUUUGCGAAGUCUGUUGGGAAGCAGGGCAGCAUGAGGCAGGUGCCUCAGAUGAUGACCUACAGCCAGCCAUUGGCCGCCCCAGCGCCCACGCGGUCAGCCUCACACUCCGAUGUCCGAGCAUCUGGCUGGCAGACAGUGCACGUCAAUCCGUCCGGCUUCACUCGUCAAGACAAGCGCAACUUCUCUCUGGAAGUGUUUGACGAGUGCCAUCGGCUCAUUUGCGUCUUUAAACUGCACACACCGUACAAGAACGGCUUCUUCAGCGCCCACACGAAAGAGAUGGGCGAGAACCUGACUAUGGUGGACCCUCACGGGCAAGUGCUGCGACAGGCCACCUUCUGCUUCAAGAAGUGGAAGUACUACGUGCCAGGUAUGGGCCAAAUGACCAGACGCGGUCUAUCGGGGCAGCACAGGACAUUCAACUUCGACAACGGAAGAUCAUACAAACUGAAGCGCAAAACUCGCAUGUUAAGCUUCAAGGGAGCGACGUGCGAAGUAUCUGAGUUGGGCAUACCCGUUGCACGGUUCGCUGAACCCAUCAGUGCAACAAGAACUGUUCUUGAGGUGGCUCCCCGCGUGGGCGUGUAUGAUAUGCUGAUGGUGGCCAUGUGCUACGACCGAUGGGGACAGUACGAACACGACAACGACGGGUGCAGCAGCGGAGGAGACAGCUGAGUGCCUGUGGGUGAUUACUAGUCACCUGAGAUUGAGGGUGCGUACGUGAACAGUACUAAAAGGCUGAGACUGAGACUGUGUCUGAGUGUGAUAGGUGAACAGUGCUAACCAUCUGAGCUGACAUCUGCGGGAGGGAUGGCUGAAAGUUGGUGGGGGGAACAGUACUUUGUGUGUGAACCGAAGAACCACACCAAUCAUCUGAAAUGGUGGACUGUGUUGAUCAAUUGGAUUGGUAGUUAGUGCCCUGACAUCGUCUAGGCAACGUUCACGACCCGUUGACGUAUCGCAAUUAGAAGAAGAGGUGCUACGCUUGUUGCAUUGGAUCUGAGUGUCGCAUCACAGGGAAGUAGUACAUAAGCUCAUACAGAGAAGUAGGACAUGAGCUCAUUCUAUGUAAUGUGUUGCGAAACAGAUGCAUUCACUGUAGCAGUGAUUGAUCGAAUCAUUUAGAGUGGUUCGAGUAAGAUAUCGUAGUAGGGUUUUAGAAUUUAGGGAUUCUAAUUGUCCGUCUAGCGCAUAGUAUGAUUAUGAAAGCCCUAAACCUUAAAAGUCUGACAACUUCAAGACAUAAAUAUUUCGCGACUGUUUCAAUUGAAAAGGUGUGACGUUUUUAUUAAUAAAAAAAUCUAAAUAUCAAA